AUGGUUUAUUCCUGCCUGACUAGUAGCACGCUACUGCGGUCUCAUCAAUUGGUCGUCCCUCGCACCUUCCUCCGCUACAAAUCCAUUACUGCUGCCAUCGAGCGGGGCAGGCAGGGCGGACCAGAUCGACCCUUCAGACCACGGACCCGAACCGGCCACAACGAUGAGGGGGACAGACCGGUGAAGACUCGCCGGGAGGCAAGGUUCGAGAGAUUUGGUGCUCCUCGCCAAGAUCCGGAACCAGCUCCCAGCGACAGACCGCGUGCAUCACCUCGCAGUAGCAGGUUCGGACGCAUUGGGUCAUCGCGACCCCGUGAUAACGAUGCGCCGAGUAGGUUCCGUAAAUCUCCAGAUGCACACACUAGAAGUGGGAAUACGUGGCGGGACCGUCCACGAGAAGAGACCAGGUUUCGGUCUUUUGAUCGCAAAGUGGCACCGCUGGAGCAGGACAGCGACGAUAGACCACGUCGUCCAUGGACAAACGAUCGUCGUGAUACACGAGGAGACAGAAUAGACGAGGAUUCAAGCUCUCAUGUUCCGCGUACUCGAGAUUCAAGAGAUGAUCGGCCACGAUUCAACCAAAGACCAGACUCAAAAGGCGCUAGAAGAGAGGGAUACGGACGGGCGUCAUCUGAUACUAGACCAGGAGCAAGAGGCGAGACGGAACCCCAGAAGGCUUCAAUCCGUGGACCAGAAUCACUCCCCUACACCACAGCCGCAUCCGAAUUCAUAUACGGAUAUAACAGCGUCGUCUCUGCGAUGAAAGCAAACCGACGCAAAUUCUACAAUCUCUACGUGCAUUCACGAGGUGCGAAUCGAGAUGGUCUCAUGUCUCGCAUCAGAGCUCAGAAGCUCUUCUCGAUCACGCAUGAAGUCGGAGACGAAUACAUGCGCGCUUUAGACAAAGCUAGUAGUGGUCGACCACACAACGGUGUGAUACUCGAGGCAUCGCCUCUGCCUGUUCCGCCCAUCACUGAGCUAAAGACAGUAUCUAUGGAAGACGAGAGCUUUAGCGUUACACUCGAUAGUCAAAGUGCAGAAGACGUGCUUGUCAAUGGCAAGCAAGAGUUGUACUCUUACAAGUCCGGAGGAUGGAGGCAUCCACUGAUUCUCUACGUUGAUGGCGUGGUCGAUGAAGGCAACCUUGGGGCUAUUGCUCGUUCGGCCUAUGUCCUAGGUGCGGACGCCAUCAUCACGCCGACUCAUCACACUGCAAAUUGGAGUCACAUCGCAGUGAAGGCUUCCGCCGGCGCCGCCGAAGCUCUUCCGCUUUUUAAAGUCGGAGACUCGAAUGACUUCCUGAAGAAGAGUGCAAACGCAGGCUGGUGUAUAUAUGCGAGCGACGCUGUUCCACCUCCAACCUCGUUUGCCUCGUCAACUGUUGAUUCUAUGGAAGCCGGAGCCAACAAAGUCGUUUACAGUAUCUCGCACACGAGAAAACGACUUCCUGCUGACCACAGCCCUGUUGCAGAGCACCCUACAAUUCUCAUGAUGGGCGCAGAGGGCACGGGGUUGAAGACCAGCUUAGUCAAUCUGGCGCGUUACAAAGUAGGUAUUCCUCAUGGCCGCGAGUCCAACGAGGUUGGGGUCGACAGUUUGAACGUCAGUGUUGCAGCAUCGAUACUCUGCUACGAGAUGCUGCAGAAACCCAAGGCACAGCCUGAGCGCGAACCUGAGGACGUUGUCUUCUAG